UAUUUUUGUCGCAGGCAUAGAAGAGGUGCAAGUAAAAUCUAUCGAGGACGUGAUGAAGCUCUUGAUGAUCGGUGAUCGAAAUCGACGCUUUGCCUUCACAAGAUUGAGAACGGCUAACAAUCGGCUUCAUGUAUAACUAAUGUGGAUACAAGUGCCUGAACUACAGAAUGCCCAUUCGUCCCGCAGCCAUACGAUUGCGAUGCUUACUGUUGAGAAGAAGGCGGUAAAUCCUUUGGACGCUAAAUCCUCAGCUGACAAGAAGAAACGAACUCCCAACUCUCAGCCUGGAAUUUCUGAGAAGGUCCUUGUCGGCAAGCUUUUUCUUGUUGAUCUUGCUGGGUCAGAAAGGUUGAAAAAGAGCGGCUCGGAGGGCCUUCGAGCAUCUGAAGCUAUGAGCGUCAACAUGUCUCUCACGGCACUAGGUAAAUGCAUUAGUGCGAGAGCAGAUCCAAGCGUUUUGCACGUCCCUUUCCGGGACUCCAAGCUAACUCGGUUAUUGCAGGAAUCGCUAGGAGGCAAUGCCAAGACGUCAUUAAUCGUCAACAUUGCUCCCUGUAGCGAGUAUCUCCAAGAGACGUUAUCUUCUCUUCAGUUUGGUGCACGGGCGAUGAAAGUGGCCACUCGAGCUAUCAUUAAUGUGGAAGAGGAGUUUCGUUCCAUCACCCGGAACUUGCAAGAAGCACUUGACCUGCAAGACGAAAGGGUUCACUCACUGGAGGCUGCAGUGCAUCAUAAAGAUGCGCAGUUGGAGGCCGCCAAACUAAGUUUGGAGCUCAAAACCAGAGAGAUGGAAAGAUUAAGAGAGGAGCAAAAGCUUCGGGACGAACAAGCUCACCGGAGUGAAAAGUUUUUGGAGCAACUAAAAGUCAAAGACAAGGAUUGGCAAAACAGAUUAGAGUUGAUCAAAAUAGCAGCGAAGGACCAUCUCAUUGAAAAAGAGAACGAUCGCAUGGACGACGCGGCUCGCAGGAUCCAGAAAGCUUACAAGAAGCAUUACGUGAUGCAUAUUUUGGAGGAGAAGCGAAAGGUAGAACUAGUUGCUGGCUCGAUGCUCUUGGCAAACUCCGCGUCCAAAGUUUUAAAAUCCAUCUCUACGCUGGACGAUUACUUCACAGCAAAGAGAGGGCUUUGCUGACGAUGAUGUGUUGCUGGACGCCGUCCGAUCUUCAAGUGUUUGGACGGUGGCCAUUAUUUUUAAUCUCUCUCUCAUUCUCGGCAA